UGGGCUGCGGCGGGCCCGCGGCGUCGGGCUAGGCGGAUGUCGGGCUGGGCGGACGACCGCGGCGGAGAGGGCGACGGGCGCAUCUACGUGGGGAACCUUCCGACCGACGUGCGCGAGAAGGACCUGGAAGACCUGUUCUACAAGUACGGCCGCAUCCGCGAGAUCGAGCUUAAGAACCGGCACGGCCUCGUGCCCUUCGCCUUCGUGCGCUUCGAGGACCCCCGAGAUGCUGAAGAUGCAAUUUACGGAAGGAAUGGUUAUGAUUAUGGCCAGUGUCGGCUUCGUGUGGAGUUUCCCAGGGCUUACGGAGGUCGGGGUGGGUGGCCCCGCGGUGGGAGGAAUGGGCCUCCUACCAGAAGAUCUGAUUUCCGAGUUCUUGUUUCAGGACUUCCUCCAUCAGGCAGCUGGCAGGACCUGAAGGACCACAUGCGAGAGGCUGGGGAUGUCUGUUACGCAGAUGUGCAGAAGGAUGGAAUGGGGAUGGUUGAGUAUCUCAGAAAAGAAGAUAUGGAAUAUGCCCUGCGUAAACUGGAUGACACCAAAUUCCGCUCUCAUGAGGGUGAAACAUCCUAUAUCCGGGUUUAUCCAGAGAGAAGCACCAGCUAUGGCUACUCACGGUCUCGGUCUGGGUCAAGGGGCCGUGACUCUCCAUACCAAAGCAGGGGCUCCCCACACUACUACUCACCUUUCAGGCCCUACUGAGACAACAGGCGAUGGGAUUUGUUCUUUAUUUUUUAGUGUGAACUGAGCUGCUUUGUGCUCAGAAUCUACAUUCCAGAUUGAUGAUUUAGUGUCUUAGGAAAUUUUUUUAAUUUUCUUUUUUUUUUUUUUUUUUAAGGAAAAAAAAAAAAACAAAAAAAAAACUACAUAAUUUCUACCAGGGCCAUUAUUAGCAGUGAAACAUUUUAAACUGCUGAAAUUGUGGUUUUGGUUCAGAAACAAGUUGUAUAUUUUUCACCCCUGAUUAUGGGAAAAAAAUCAGUGCUGUGUCUUUGUGGGUUGCUCUGCUAUGGAGAUCAGCAGUAACUGUGACUGAGCCGGCCCAUUCUGUUUAGAAAUAUAUUUUAAACGUUUAGUAAUUCA